AUGGGAAUAAAGCAAUCUCGAUAUCAUCGUUAUAACCGCGGCUCUAAUCAUCAACGUCAGCCAAGAGAUAAUUCGCCUCGGAGAGAGAGUGUGAAUACAAACACUACAUCAGGUGUAUCCCAAUCGAAUAAUUCAGUUACCAUUGAUGGGAGACAAUACUAUCAAGACGAGACAAGUACUUAUAUUUUACCAAGAGAUGAGAUAGAGCAAGAUAGACUUAAUUCACAACACUUUACUGUGAAAGCAAUGUUCAAUGGUAAGAACAUUUUAGAUUCCAUUCAAAGGAUAUUACCCAAAGAAGCAUCUGUUCUUGAUCUUGGCUGUGGUACGGGUUGUUGGGUGAUGGAACUAGCUGUAGAAUAUCCAGAGUAUCGAUUUACAGGUGUUGAUGUAACAGACAUGUUUCCGACAACGAUUAGACCAGAGAAUGUUAAUUUUGAACUAUACAAUGUCCUUAGUGGACUACCUUAUCCUGAUAACACGUUUGAUUUUGUAAAUAUGCGCUUUAUGUUGUCCGCCUUUGCCGUAUCCGACUGGCCAGUUGUCUUAAAAGAGACAUAUCGUGUAUUAAAACCGGGCGGAGUUGUUGAGCUCAUGGAAACACAGUUCCCUGAGAACGACAGAGUACCCAUUGUACGAACUGUAAAUGAAGCAUUUUACGAAAUGUUGAGAGAAAAUGGAAAGGACCCGUGCACAGCAGCUAAAUUUGGUACAAUGCUAAAAGAACAACAUUUUGAGGUUAUUGAAAGGCAAGAGCGGUCUUUGACAUAUAAAAAACCAUUAGAGCCUAUCAGUAGAGAAAUGCUUGGAAAUUGGAAAAUGGCUAUGCUUGCCUUAAAACCUGUAUUGGUUCAUAAAAUCGUAGAAAACCCAGAUGAAUACAACUCAGUUAUUGAUGACUAUAUAGAAGGCCUUAUAGAAGAACACUGGACACCUAAAUUGAUCGCUUGGGCUGCUCAAAAACCGUAUAAAGAUACCAGUAAUGACAAUAGUAACGACGAUACUCUACAAGAAAAACAGUAA